UACAACCAAGCAGGGACUGAAGGAGAGAGAGAGAGCGUGGAAGACGGGGAAUAAAGGGGUGCAAGAUCCUUCAGACAUACACAAAAGAGGAGAGGUUGUAUCUAAGGAGAAAGAGAAGAAGAAGAGGAGGAGGAGGACGGUGUUUCCAAGAGCAAGCGCCUCUGAAGACAGAGCUGUCACACAGGAGGAGGAGGAGGCGUGUGGAGUGAACUUCCCCCUUCAGCAGAACCCAAACAUCAUCGAGUGAGAGGCUACCUGAGGUUUCACCAGCCAUGCUGACCACCAGGAACCUGCCCAAGUCCUGCUGAACACCAUGGCCCAGGCUAAAGGGCGGAGAGAUGGCAUGGUGGCAUCCAAUGAAAUCAGACGCCGGCCGCUGUCGUUGGGUGAGGUGGAGGGAGUGUCGUGGCAGGGCCCACGGACCAUUUUUAUCCAGAAGAACUCGCAGGGAUUUGGCUUCACUCUGCGUCACUUCAUCGUCUACCCACCGGAGUCGUCGCUCCACAGCCUCAAGGAUGAAGAGAACGGAAAUACUGGAAAAGGCUUUCAGCAGUCUCGACUGGAGCCGAUGGACACCAUCUUUGUUAAGAGUGUCAAAGACAGUGGCCCCGCUCAGGAAGCUGGACUGCGUACAGGUGACAGGCUGGUGAAGGUGAACGGGGAGAGCAUUCUGGGAAAAACCUACUCUCAAGUAAUCGCUCUCAUCCAAAACAGUGAAAACAUCCUGGAGCUCUCUAUAAUGCCAAAAGAUGAGGAUGUGUUGCAGUUGGUAAGUGCGUACUCCCAGGACGCCUACCUGAAAGGCAAUGAGCCAUAUUCAGGUGUGGCCCAGAACCUCCCUGAGCCACCGCCUCUCUGCUACCCCUCCACAAAGACCAGCCCUGCUGCCCCCCCACCCAGCGACAGCCUCCACACUCCUGUGGACAACUGGCAGUGUCGACACGGCCCCACCACGUCCCCUCUGGACAACCGCCCCCCUAACACUUCUCCCCCCACCUCCGGCUGGUCCGGGGGUCCUGAGGAUUCCAGUGCUUACUUUCUUCCCACGGGGCGUCAUCGUGGACGCUCGUCGUCAGCCAUCAGUGCGCUAGACUUUCAUUUUGCCAACCAUAAUGCUGCCAUCGCCUCCGCAACCCUGCCUGCACCACGGAAGAGCAGUGCGCCGGCCUCUUCCCGUUCUCGAGCUGACGCUCUGUGCCACCAGGCUCUGUCGGACUGGUACUACAGCCAGGCUGAGGCUGCCGAGUCCAUGUCCCCCCGCCACCGCAGUAUAUCUCAGGACCGCUUGGCAGAGCUGGGGCUGGGUUUGGCUCUUGGCCCCGGACCUGCGCAAGCUCCCACAACCUCUGCAGAGCAACGGAGGAGAGAAACGCUCCUGUACCACCAUCAGACAGCAGCUGCCUCCCAUGAUUCCUAUUGGCUGGGGGGGUGGGGUGGAGUAUCAGGACCAGGAAGCCGGUCAUGCUCAGAGAACCUGCUGGCAGCCUAUGCUGAGUAUGAGCACAACUACGGGCGCUCUGUGGAAACACUUGCUCAGGCUUCUGCUUUGGUCUCAUCACGCUACGAGAAAUCCUCACAGGGAACCCAGACCGCCAAACUCAGCGAGCAGAAAGAGCAGAGGACCCCAGCAGGCCAUCAGCACCAAACCCAGGUGACGAGCCCCAUCACUACAGCUUCCACUGUGCCCCCUAGUGGUAGGCAGCCCGGUCAGCAGGUCGCUGAACCCCAGACGAGGAGAGUAAAGGGUGAAGAGCUGGUGGGCUACCAAAGCUACAGCCCCUCCUUCUCUCGUAAAGCCGGUCACCUCCUCCAGCAGGCCCACUCCUUUAGGGAGCCUGGCCACAGCGGCCCCCAUCUCAACUGGAGCCCCACGGGCAGAGGGGACAGCGGGGUGGUACCUAGGCCUCAGUCAACCCCCGCCCUGUCUGCGUCAGAGGAGGAGAGAGCUCGACUGGGGGAGGAUAGGGAGGUCAUCUCCCCCAUCUCCCUGAACCAGGAGGUGAUUCUGAGACAGAAGCCGCCCUCUGGACAUCGGCCGCCCAUUCAGAACCUCAGACAUCCUCACUACGCCUCACCUGUGGAGUCACCUGAGCCCCCUGCUUUGACUCCUUCUCCAGGGACACCUUCUCCGGUCUCUGGGCCCGGCCCUACCCGCAGGGCUAAUGGUAGCCUGGCACAGCAUGCAUACAACUCCCUGUCCUCUAUUCCCUUCAUAGAUGAACCCACCAAUCCUAGUAUUGACCUACAGGCCUCAUACGUACCAGCCUGCACUGUGGUGACCAGUACCCAGGCCUCCACCCUCACUACCGCGUCUGUCUCCCCCACCCUCACCUCCGUCUCCCCCAUUGUCCAACUACGUUCUAAGGACUGCAGAAGUAUUAAAGGUCGUCGCUCAUCUUACCUGCUGGCCAUCACCACAGAGAGAUCCAAAUCCUGUGACGAGGGUCUGAACAACUUUAAGGAAGAGAGUCGAGUCUUCUCUAAACUACCAAAAAGGGUCAAGAGCUUUUUCACUGAUGGGUCUCUGGAGAGCCUGCGAGCCCAGGAGGAGGCACGGUCAAAGCGUCACUCCACCUCUGAGCUAGGAACCAUCACCUUCAGUGACGUUCGUAAAGAGGGCUGGCUGCACUACAAACAGAUCCUCACAGAGAAGGGGAAGAAAGUGGGAGGUGGUAUGCGGCCGUGGAAGCGUGUCUUCUGUGUGCUGCGCUCCCAUUCGCUCUUCCUCUACAAGGACAAGCGGGAAGCUGUUCUGCAUGGAGCGGGGGCGGGGUCAGGUCAAGACGAGCAUCCUCCAAUCAGCAUCCGUGGCUGCCUGAUCGACAUUGCCUACAGUGAAACCAAACGUAAGCACACCCUGAGACUGACCACACAGGACUUCUGCGAGUACCUACUGCAGGCGGAGGACCGGGACGACAUGCUGGUGUGGAUCAGGGUCAUCAGGGAGAACAGCAAGACCGACAAUGAGGAGAUCGGUUUCUCAAGACAAGCUCUGAUCAACAAGAAGCUGAAUGACUACAGAAAACACAGUCUGACAGGUAGUAAGCCGGACACUUCUCCCCGAGCUCAUCGGAUGAUGCCUCCUUUCCUCCUGGCAAAGACUGACAACACCUCAGUGAACCGAGCCUCCAGAACGGAUGACAACAAAGCAUUGUGGGGCAUCAACAUCAUGAAGAAGGCAAAGAAGACGGGAAGUCCAAAAGCUUUUGGCGUACGACUGGAGGACUGUCAGCCUGCUGUCAACCAUAAAUAUGUCCCUCUGAUUGUGGAGAUGUGCUGUGGUGUGGUGGAGACAACAGGUCUGGAGUACACGGGUAUCUACCGGGUUCCAGGGAACAACGCCAUGGUGUCUAACCUGCAGGAGCAUCUUAAUAAGGGCCUGGACAUCAAUACUGCUGAGGAGCGAUGGCAGGACCUGAAUGUAAUCAGCAGCCUGCUCAAAUCCUUCUUCAGAAAACUGCCUGAGCCGCUGUUUACUGACGACAAAUACAACGAUUUCAUUGAUGCCAACCGGAUAGAAGAUGCAGAGGACAGACUGAAGACCAUGAAGAAACUGAUCCAUGAUCUCCCUGAUCACUAUUACCACACGCUGAAGUUCCUGGUGGGACACUUGAAGAGAGUGGCAGAUCACUCUGAAAAGAACAAGAUGGAGCCGAGAAACCUGGCUCUGGUCUUUGGUCCCACCCUGGUCAGGACAUCAGAGGACAACAUGACCGACAUGGUCACCCACAUGCCCGACCGCUACAAAAUAGUGGAGACUCUAAUCCUGCAUCACGACUGGUUCUUCAGUAACGGAGAGUUUGACAAAGAAGAGAAGGCUCCGGAGGAUAAGCGGGACAUGCAGCCUGUCCCGAAUAUCGACCAUCUGCUCUCAAACAUCGGAAGGCCUGGUAUGCCAGGAGAGGCAUCAGAUUCCACCACCAGCGAUUCUCUUAAGUCAAAGCUUUCAUCAGGCUCAAAAAAGGACCUGAAUGCCAGGGACUUCCUACCCAUGUCCCUCAUCUCUGCUGUGACCCGUAAGCGUAAAAAAUGCCUCCGAACUGACCUGCAGGGCAGCAGCACAGACGACGACUCCGAGCAUGAGCCUGUCAAAGCCAGCAACUACGGAGCCGGAGAAGGAGAGGGAAGAGAAGAGGAGGAGGGAGAGGAGGACAGAGGACAGGAAGAGGCAGACAAGGGAGAGCAUAUAAUUCCUAAAAAAGAAAAAAGGGAUGGAAAAGAAAACAGGGUGACAGCUGAAGAACCCACAGAGAAAAAGGAUCUGUUAGUGGGAGAAGAAGUGACUGAAAAGGAUCUGGGGAACAGGAGAGGGAAAACAGAAGCAGGUUUUGUCUCAUACCCCAGACCCCUAGCAGUGACUAACCCUCCCUCCCAUCUGAGACCUCAUAACGUAGCCAGAGGACGCCCUACUGUUCCAUUCUGGAUCUGCCCCACCAGGCCUCCUAAUGUCUACCAAACCCCCAGCCUUCACGGAUACCAGCACCCGGACUGGAACCAGUCAGCCCCCGUCCGCUACAGGAAGUCCAGAGGUGGGAGGACCAGGGCUGUGUCUAUGAAUCUGGAUGUUGAGUUUGGCAGGAGUGACGACCGAGUCAGAGGGUGGAGAGCAGACAGGGUGGAGGUGAUAAGAGUCAUUGAUGGUCAGUGUGGACAUGUUGGUGUCCCUCAGGGUUCAGUUUUAGGUCCUCGGUCGAUUCAACAAAUAGAUUCUCUGCCUCGUCUACCAAAGGAGGCUCCCCCUUUCUCCUCCCCUUCCUCUGGUUUGAUUGAUCAGAGCCCUGCAGGACCCUCCACUGUGGUCAUGAGGAGGUCUGCCAUGGACCCACGGGAUAAGACGAGAGCGUGGCGCCGUCACACCGUGGUAGUUUAACCUGGCUGCUACAUCUGCUAAUGGAUUACCGACUUCUCUCCCAACAAACACUGGAUCACCUCUGUCACUGAUUCUGAAGCCAAGCAUCCGUCAUCUAAAGACUCCUCUCUUCCCACAUUUCAUUGGCAUGAAAUGGAUCAUGGUUAAAAUCUGUGGUGUUGUAAACAGAUGAAGGGGUUCAUUUCAAAACAUUUCAAAACAUAAGUUUCUCCACUUCUUUCAUACUAAGUUACUGGUGAUGUUAUUUUCCAUGUUUUCAAGUGUAAGCAAGAAAAGGUAAGAAGAUGAUUCAGAGGUAUGUGCAUCCUCCCAAUAUGGCAGCCCUCAGUAGGGAAAACUCAAAAAUAAGAAGAAAUCCCAUAAAUAUCAGCUGAUAGCUUAAGUCCUACCUAAUCGCUGUCUCUUCCUAUAAUACUGGCAGCUGACUCACUGAGACUAUGUCCAUGUUUUAUACAAUCUACAGAGUAACUGUAGGAACUCCUGCCUAUUGUGACGCCACAUCCAUACCUUCUGUAGCUUGUUUGCUGUCAUGUGAUAUCAAUGACACACUCAAGUCCGAUGGGGGGGCAGAAAGUGAGAACACCAGCUGGAACUCAUUGGGAAGGAAGCAAAGUAAGUAAACCAAUACUGUAAAUGAACAUGCACACAACAGGUACAGUCAGAAAAAUUCUAAAUAUAUUAGGUUUGAUUCCUGACAAUUGUUUUGUCCCUUGAUAUAGCCAAUUUUCCUGGCAUGGAAGCAAUGUCACAAUGAUAAUUGAUGUCACAGUUACUUAGUCCUGCAGACUUUCUGCUACUUGAAUAGAAAAAUGAACAUUUAUAAGGGUCUUAAAGUUUAAAACUAUUUUAUUUACAGCUGAGUCAAUGACCUCAGAUUGAAAGCAGGAUAAAAUGACUGCAAUUUUUGAGGCUAAAAUCACCGGUUGCCAGCCAGACGGCUGACUACUUACUGUAGGUGAUAACAGCUACUUUUUCCUAGGAUAGGAAGUGGUUUCUACAGAGAAACACGAUCAAAAUGGCCAUGUUUGGAGUGAUUUACAACUAUGCCAAGCAUUCAAAAUGUGAAAAUAUAAACAUUCUUAAUACUUAAGCUAAUUUGUGUCCCAAAAGUAGUGAAAUAAUCAGGCAAAAAAAAAAAUCCAGAGAAACAGCAGCAGUCAGGAAUGGACCUUUAGCUUUAUCUGGUGCCUGCAGGAGUGUAUGUUCCACAAAGUGGUCCGGUUUGGUUUAGAACAGUUGCGCCAUGGUUAAGCUCAUUCAGCUGAUGUUCUUUGAGUCUAUCUUAUUGUGACAGGAAACCCAUCUCUUUUUGGAGCUCCAUAUCAUUUGGCUCAGCUCAGUAGAGCUGGCUGUUUUGCUCCCAACUGGCUCUUUAUUUGGCACCAGUUUGGCUUUUUUAAAUGUGGCUUAAAUAACAACUUAGGAUGGAGGUCUCUCACCCCACAAGGUUUAUUCGGUUGUUAGUAAAUCAUCAAAGGAUUUUUCUUUUUAGUCUAGCCCCUAAACUCAGUACAAGCCUCCUCUUGACUUUUGUCUAGCUUCAUCUCACUUAAAUACGCUAGGUCUGCAGGACUGAGUAAUUUGUGAUAUUGACUGCCACCACACCAAGUAAAUCAGUUAUACUGUGGUAAAAAUAAAAGUUUUGUAAAAUGAAGGAAUUGUACUCAAUGUAUGUAGAAAUUUAUUGAUGGCAAGUGCAGUGAAGAGGUCCAUUUAGAGCUGUUAAGUACAAACUUUCCUCUGUUCCUAUCAUUCCUAAUGGCUGUCCUCCACUGCCUGACCCCCAAUGGCCAUUCUGUCCCCCGUUUAAUCUGCAAACAUCCUAUAGACCAUUUCUCAGUGUUGUGUGGUGGUUUCAACUUCUGCAUGGGAGCUUUAACAUGCAUUUCUAAAGCAAUGUUUUAAAAUGAACCUCUUCAGUUAAACAUGCUGAUUAAAAUAAAUCCUAAACACCACAUGAGACAUGCAAACCCCCCCUAGAGCUCAGCAGCUGAUGUCACAUUAAACCAUCACCAGCAGAGACUUCAGCAGAGUCACGCCGUAUUUUUUUUUUUUAUCAUAAACUGACUGUUGCUGUACGCUGGUGUCCUCCCUGCUGGUUUGUACCAAUGAUGUCUUUAACUCUACCCACGUGGGCACACUUACCUACCAGCCUGAGUACAGCACAGAGCACCUGUCCGCCCUUUACAAGCUCUUCCAAAGCCUCCGUGGAUCUGCAGGGACCGUCAACGAUCUGCAGGAGCAAAUACCACCCCACCCCCCCUCUCCGGACGAUGUCACUCGGGCGUUAUGCCAAAGCUUCUGUGGACUAAAAACUGCAUGCAUGGGGUCAGUGACAUAUAAAAAUAUGCAAACCCUAAGUGUUUAACACAAGCCUAUCAUGCUUCCCUAUGUGUGUGUUAGUGUGUGAGCGUCUGGAUGUUUGAGGAGGAGGGUCCGACUCUUUAGGGAUACUAACGCUGUUUUUGUUAGAUGAACAUAAAGGCAGCUAUGUGAAGUCAUGCCAAAAUCAUCCUUUCUAUUUGGAUAAACCUGAUAAGAGUGGAGACCAGAAAGAACCUGCUGCUGCUUUUCUUCACAGAAAGAUCUGAGCUCUUCUCAACUCUACUCACCUGGAACUGGUACUCUAUGUUUCACAUGAGAAUUGUAAAAAAUACCAGGAUUUAAACUUAAAUGAUAACAUUAAAAAUCAGAUUAUACUGAUGCUGUUUCAAUGCCAUCAUAAUGAAAAUAGAAGUCCAACGCAUCCAGUUUGGGCUAUUUUUUUUCCUCCAAAAAUCCUAUAUAUUAUCAGAGGCCUUGUCAACACAUAAACAAGAAUUUUCCUCCUCUUUGUUUGAAAAAAGUAAUCCCAUCCAUACAUGCUGCAUUCUAUGAAAACUUUUGUCCACAUGAAAACAUAAAAAUGCACCGUUACAUGCUGUAAAGAACACACUGUGUCAACAGUAGCCUGUCCAAAAAACAAAAUUUCAAGUUAGAGGAUUGAGGAUAAACAAAGAAUAAACUUUAGUUGAUGUAGUUCUGCUGGCCCUGCUUAAAACUACACAAACUUUUUAGGCAUACUACAAACAUUUACAGCUGAUCUAACUCUGUUUUUACAGGCAAUACAUGUUGAUAGCCAAUGUAGGUCAAUAUUAAAAACCCUUAUAGGCCUACUUUUAUCGCCGUGUAAGGUUAAUGUUUAUAGCCAAUGUAGGUCCGUAUUUAUAGGUGAUAUAGGGAUAUUUUUACUGCUGACAGGUUGAUAAUUAUAGUCGAUAUUGGUUGAUAUUUAAAGUCAAUAAGUCAUUUAUACAUCUGAUGUAGAUUUAUAUUUAAAGCCAGUAUCAGUCAAUGUUUACAGCCAAUAUAGGCCUACUUUCACAGCCAAUAUAGGCUGAUAAUUAUUGCCAAUUUAGGUCCAUAUUUACAGCUGAUAUAGGCUGAUUUUUGAGGCCAAUAUAGGCUGAUAUUUAUAACCAAUAUUGGUUAUUUACAGUCAUAUAGGCCUGUUUUACAUCUGAUAUAGACUGAUAUUUAUAGAUGUUGAUGUUUACAGUCCAUAUAGGUAGAUAUUUAUAGCCAAUUGAGACCCAUAUUUACAGCUGUUAUUGGCCUAUCUUCCUGCUAAUAUCGGCCAAUUAUAUGGCUAAUAUUGGUUCAUAUUUGAAGUCCAUACAGGUCUGGUUUCAAAUCUGAUGUGGAUUGAUAUAUAUAGCCAAUAUUGGAUGAUAUUACAGUCCAUAUGGGUUUAUUUUUACAACUGAUAGACUGAUAUUUAAAGCCAGUGUCAAUUCUUUUUAACAGCUAAUAUAGGCACGUAUUUAUAGCCAAGUUAGGUCGUAUUUACAGCCAACAUAACCUGACAUUUAAAUUUAAUUUAGGCAGAUAUUUAUGGCCAAUUGAGAUCCAUAUUUACAUCUGACAUAUAGGCCUGUUUUACUGCCAAUAUAGGCCAAUAUUUUAAGCCAACAUUGGUUGAUAUUUACAGUCCAUAUAGGCCUAUUUAACAGCUGAUAUAGGCAGAUAUUUGCUGUCCAUAUUUACAGCAGAUACAGGCCAAUACUACAGCCAAUAUAGACUGAUAUUUAUAGCCAAUGUUGGUUGAUAUUUACAGUCCAUUAGGCCUAUUUUUACUGUUGAUCUUGACUUAUAUUUUUAGAAAAAUGAUGGUCCAUGUUUGCAGUGAAUGCAUCAGUUUUAAAUUUGUAAGUUUUUAUACCUGCCAUGAAUGAUAGCAUGCCAAUAAUAUCAGUCAACCCUAAAAGAUUCUUAUGGAGCAUGCCAGUUUGCACUUAUCUGUCCAUAGGUUUCUUAUUGUGUUGUAAACGGGGCACACCCUCCUUUCUUAACAACACAGCAUGUGCUCUGCCUACCAAAAACAGCUCUCACUUUAAUUUGAGUGAGGAGCAGGGGAGCUGGAGCACAUACUCAGCAUAGUUUAUAAAGCAUAAUUGAUAUUUACUCUUCAAGAUCAGGGAGACUCUGACUCAGUCAGAAGCAGAAGGAUAUUUCUGUUGACUCCACAAACAUGAGCAUUAUUUGGACAAAUAUUUGGUUGUAACAAGCAUUAUAUAAAUAGGCCAUGAAUCAUUCAGUGUGUUGUCAGCCUUCCUAUGAGCCUUGAACACACCAGUAGCUUGUGUUAUUAAUGACUUUGGACAAAAGAGUGAGAUAUUCAGUUCCAGUGGCGUCAAGUUGAGUGGAGAAGCCGCAGAGGAAAAGAAGCCAAGAAGAACCCGAGCAAUUAGCGCAACAAAAAGCCUCAAACUGAAUCAGUGUUAGUGCGAGAGAACUGAGCAUUUGAAACUGAGUGGAAACCUUCAAUCCAAAAACCACAGUCUUACCUGAGUGAUAUUUUUGCAUCUUCCUUUUCACAUUUUCAGUAUUUUUACUUACUUUGUUUUGUUAAGCCGAGUCUGAAGAAACCAGAGCUGAACCGCUGUGACUGCCAACCCGUGUCGUCCGCUUAGAAUCCAUGUUAGUCUUAAUCAUAUCAGUCUGUCCUUCUCUCUGCCCCGCUGCAUGUUCUUUAUGUACGUGGGUGACUGUGCGUGGACCAAUUUUGUAACAGUUGUACAAAGCCUUGUUAAGUUAACCUGUGUAUAUAAAUGUUAUACAUAAUAUAUUAAAUUAUUUGUUUUGGA